CAAUCCGUGGGAAUGCAGAGCUGGUGCCCACACAGAGGACCCACCCACGCUAUUCGACUUAGACAUGGCCCCUUGCACACCUUCGACAUGCUACACCUCGAGGUGUCAACUUAUCCACUCAGAAGGGUACAGGGCCUUCUUCCAACAUAACGUCUUUGUAUUCAAGUCGCGUCACUGCACGUUGCGUAGGCCUUCCUUCCGCACAAACCCCGAGAAUGUCCGAGGAUGGUUUCGUUCACUAGACCACAUGAGCAAGUUGGAGCGGGAUUAUCGAGCAACCCGCCUUCUUGACUUCAUCGAUGCGCCGGAAUGCAAAGGCCAAGGCUCUCCGGAAUUUCAAAUGAAGAUUUCACGGUUUGAUGAAGGUUCUUACGACCACGACUGCGUUGAUCAGUAUCGAUACACGAUUCGCCACCUCGUCUUCACACUGGACUCUGAGGACAGGCUAGUCUCCUCACUCGCUUUCCGUCACACUUGGGCUUGGGCCCUAACGGUGGAUUGGAACACCUUGCCAAACCUGGAGACGCUUGUGCUCGAUUUGAGGGGUUAUUCAUAUCGACAACUUCAGGAUCUUGAACUACCUCAGGACCUUUACGAUGAGCAAUUGGAGCGGGGUGCAAAGCGUAUGGAGUGCCUGGAGCUGAAGAGUCUUAUUAUUUACGGCCUCUGCAGCGGUCCUGAAUAUUGGGAUAAAAUUCAGCAUAGGAGAACAAUGGAGACGCUGUUCCAGCCUGCGCUGGGGAAAUGGGGGAAGCUUGAUUUGCGAGAUGAGGAAUAUCUAGUGGAUUGGUAGGAGUAACGUAUUUCAGUCAUGGAUCAUAUCUCGGCAUUUUCAAAGUUACACUCCUGUUAAUUCUUGUUUAAUACCACUGUCUCUAGUCUAUUUUAAUGUCUCGUGAGCAUCAAGUCGCUGUCCCGACACGCUUCCAUUCAAUCAAUUUUGUACUGUACCAGCUCAGCCUCGAUCAUGGCCUUGGCUGGAGUCCAGCUAUCCUGGAGGCUGCAGUUGGCCUUUUUACAGAAGAUUCUCCAUACCACACUCUGCAAGCUCGCAAAUGACAUCGUAUACCCCAACUCGAAGGCGUUCAUAUCGUCCAACCCUUGCUUUAAUUCUGACCU